ACUGCCAGCAGCUAUCGAUCACGCACAAACAAAGCGCAAUAUGCCCGUCCGUGUAACCUGGCUGCACGUGUGUCUCACCUCACAGUAGUCCCAGCCAGCACUAGUCUCUGCUGCGAUUCCUAGUCGAUGCUGCGGAGAUUCCAUAUUCUUUUAGUUUUCCUGUAGGGCUCGAAAAGAUGGUGGUGGAGCUAGUGGAGCUCGAGAAUGGCGCCAUCACGCCGUCGUACCUGCGCGAGGUGCUGGCUCUGCUCGCCUCGUCGUCGCACCAGCACCGCACUCAAGGUUACACCAAGCUGCUCCACCUUCAGAUGCAGAGCGACACCGGCGGCGACGGCACGGCGGCCGAGAUGCUGCAGCACCACCUGGCGGAGCUGCUCGGGGUGCUGCGGCCCGACAUCCUCUCCACCGCCGCCGACAUAUGCGUGUACGCCAUGAAGUGCGCCGCCUUCUUCCUCCACCACCCCGUCUUCGCCAACCAUGCCUCCGAUGCGGACGUGAGCGCGACAGUAAAGGCCAUUCUCCAGGCGAUCAUGACCACCAGCGAUAAGGUGGUGUGCAAUCUGGCGGUGUGGUGCGUGUCACAGCAGAACGUGCGCGCGCCGCUGCUGGCGCAGCUGCUGCCGUCCGUGCUGCGCGCGCUGGUGCAUGGCAUCGCCAACCCCAUGGCGUCGCACGCCAUCUCCUGCGAGGCCUGCAAGGCCGUGCGCGUGCUGGCGCUGCAGCUGCCGCAGGAGAUGCGGCAGCACGCGCACGUGUGGGCCGUGCCCAUGUGGCGGCGCCUGCUCGUGGCGUCGCACCGCAAGGAGCGCGACCUCAUCCACGCCACGCUCUCGCUCGCCGCUACGCGCCGAGUGCUGCUGCCGCCCUCGCCGCUCGUCGUCAAGGCCAUGCUGGACGAGGUGAAGGGCGGCGCGGUGCAGCGCAUGGACGCCAUGCUGGGCGACGUGCUCCACAUGCCGCCCGUUGUGCUCGCGUGGGCGUGGCUCGUGCGCCUCACGGGCGCCACCCUGGCGGACAAGGGCAGCACGGCCCUCGCGAACGCGCUGCUCAAGGUGCCCGAGCGCACCUUCAUGGCGCCCGACGCCGCCGUGCGCGCCGAGACGCACAUGGCGUGGCAGGCGCUCAUCGACGCCUUCGCGCCGCCGCUCCCUUCCGCGGACGCGCCGCUCGCCGCGGCUGCGCUCGAGGGGGGCAAGCGGAGCGUUACGUCUCGCUCGCCCACUCACAAGUCCCCCGCCAGCACGCCCUUCCAGCGCGGGCGAGGCGCAAUGGUGGCAGCGCCAUCGCCGAAGCGCCUCACGCUGCUCAUGGCGCCGCUCAUCACCACCGCGGCGCACGAGGCCGAUUCCGCAGUGCGCGGCGCCGCGCUGCACUCGUGGUGCCACCUGCUGGGGUCGCUGGGCCCCUGGGCGUCGUCCGCCGCCGUCUUUUCCGCCGCCGCCACCCCCAUGCUCCGCAUCGUGCUCCGCCGCGGGCCCUACCGCCCGGCGCAGGGGGCGGAGUCGCUGGCGGGAGAGGCGCAGGCGUGGGAGUGGGCGGGAUGCCUGAAGCUGCUAGAGGGCUUUAUCGCCACCACAGGCGCACCGGGGGAAGCGGAAGGGGGAUUGACCGGAGGGGUGUCGCGGGAAGCGAUCAAGGACGCGGGCGCGGGGAAGCUGUUGCGCGCGGGCAAGGCGGACAGCGGCGGGGAGAGCGGCGCGCUGGUGCCCGUGGAGGGAGCGGCUAAGGCGGGGACGCUGGUGUCGGUGGCGGCGAAGGGCGCGUGGCAGGUGUCGGAGGGGCAGGGGGGCGCGUUGGAGCGCAAGUACGACAGGCGGCACGCGGCGGCCGCCAUAGUGACGACGGUGGAGUGGGCGCCGUGGCAGGUGGAGCAGCUGCGCGAGCUCCUGGGGCUGCUCGACGUCGUCGUGCGACAUGCCUGCGACCCCAGCGACGUCGCUCGCGACGAGCGCAGCGAAGGGAGAAUGGCGCUGGAAGGCGCGGCGCACGGUGCAGCUCGGGCGCAGGAGGAUGGGCGGGUGGCGGAACCCGCGCGAUUGGGCGCAGGGAAGGCGAAGGAAGGGGAGGCGGAGAGCAAGGCUGUGGAGGUGAGGGGCGAGUUGGCGGUGGCCGCCAGGCGGAGUGCGGACGAGGACGCGGAGGAAGACAGCGAGGGGACCGUGCAGGUGAUGAUGGCGGAAGCUCAGCAGCGCGCGGGGCCUCCGCAAGUCCGCGCGUCCGAGGCCUCCGUGCGCCUGUGGGCGCAUCUGGUGCGCGGAGUGGAGGCGCUGGGGCGCGGCGCAGUGCGGCCGAGCGCGGAGCACGUGGCGGCGGUGCACCUGCUGCUGGAGUUCCUGCACGGGCUGCUGGGGCUGCCCGCCAUGGCGGACAGCGCCGCGCACGCCGGAGGCGAGGGCGAGGGCGAGGCGGCGUGGCUGGCGGGGUGGUUCGACCUGUGCUGGGAGUUCACGCGCGCGCUCACCCGCCACCUCACGCCGCUGCUCAUGGCGUCGUCCUUCUACCGCCUCGCCCUCGCCAAGCCCACCUGCCUGCCCCUCGCCGCCGCCGCCGCUGCCGACGUUCCUGUCUCCCCCAAGACUCCGACCAGUGGCACCGCCGCCGCUCACCGCCUGCAUGGCGCAGCAGCUGGGGGAGCGGCAGGAGGCCGCAGCGGGAGCACGAGUGGCAGCAGCGCGACGGGUGUGGCUCGGCGCGCAGCAGUGCCGGCCGUGUUCGUGACGGCGCUGUGGGUAGAUGCAGGCAUCACCUUUGGAACCCACGUGACAGGUGGCGCGCAGGGAUUGGCUCAGCGCGCGGAGGAGCUGGUGGCGGCGGCGGUGCAGGGCGCGGACGCGAGCAGCCGCCUGGUGGGCGUGCUGCGGGCGCUCGAGCAUUUCCUGCCCUCCCUUACCGCCGCCCACGCCCCCGCCUCUCCCACUGCGCGGAAAGCAGGCACUAGCACGGCAGGGGCGGCGGGACGGUGGGCGGUGGAGCAGCGGCGGGGAGAGGUGGUGCUGUGCGUGUGGGGCGGCAGCAGCACGGGGGCGGGGUUGGCGGGGCAGGGGCAGCAGAGCAGCGGCAAGGCGGGGAUAGCAGGUGGCGCAGAUGGCAAGGCAGAGGGCGCGGCUGCCGUGGCCCCGCCACUGCUCUCCUUUGCGCUCUCGUUCCUCUCAGCCGCCGCUGCUUGCGAGUCACAAGGAAAGGCGCAUUCUCUGUGUGACGCAACGGCAGCAUCAUCAGCAUCAGCACCGGCAGCGGCAUGUGAGUGCGCGUGGUGCAUCCCGGCAUCGCUUCUCCGCGAGUUGGUGCGGGACACGGAGCACCUCAUCGGCGCGCUGCUGCACUCGCCCGCUCUCAGGUCGCCGCACCACCCCAACGCGCCCCUCACACCUCUCUUCGCCGCGCUCGCUGCAGCCGCACACUGCGACACUACCGCCACCGCCACACCCACCACCACCUCCACCUCCACUGCUGCUGCUGCUGCGCCCUCUGCACGGUCGUCCGCCAGUAUCCCCGCUCUCCCUUCCCCCGCUGUGCGAGCGCCCCCCGGGCGCGUGUCGGCGGCGGAGGCGUGGUGGGAGGUGGCGGUGCGCGCGAGCGAGGUGGGCGCGGAGCGCAUGGAUCUGGCGGCCGCGCUGCCCGCCAUCGCCGUCACCAUGGCGGGGCAGCGCCGCCGCCUCUCCGCGCUGCGCCCGUCCGCCGCCGCUGGCGACGUGGCGAAGGGGCUGCACGCGGGCAAGGACGAGGACCCGCGCGGGGUGGCGGAGGUGGCGCGCGCUGUGGGCGCGCUGGUGGUGGGCGCAUGCAGAAUGGUAGAGCGGGGGGGGGCGGAGGAGGAGGGCAGAGAGGUGGGCGCGGAGAAGAUGCGGAGGACAGUGGCGGUGCUGGCGUCCCUGGCGGCGCACAUCACGUGCCCCUCCGACUCCCUCCUGCUGCUGCACGCCGCCCUCCCCGCCCUCACCACCGCGCUCUCCCUCGCCUGGUCGCCCCCCGUCCCCGCUGCUGCCGCUUCCACCGCGCCCUCGCCCAGGCACCCAAGCAUUGCAGCGGGUGCGGGUGCGGGCGCGCAGAGCGUGGGCAGCAGCAGGGAGCAGUGGCAGGAGGCGGUGAAGGCGGCGCAGUGGGGCGUGCUGGACGGGGUGAAGGGCAGCGUGGCGGACGCCUGGGGCGCCGUGCUGGGCAUGCUGGAGUCGUGCCAGCCGCCCACCGCCUGGUGCUCCUCCGCGCUGCUGCCCGCCCUUGCGCCGGCGCUCGCCGUCGCGCUGCUGCACCCGCACCCCGCCAUCGCCACGCGCUCCCUGGCGUUCUGGCAGGCCACGUUCGGCGGGGUGGUGGAGCACGCAAGCGCGCACGCAGCAGCCAAGGCCGUGGGCGUUCGCGGUGGGGCUGCCACUGAGAAGAAGGCCUUGGUGUACCCGCCACAGCUGCUGACCUCGCUCGCCAUAGUGAAAGAGGCUGCUGACGUGUCGCUGCCUUACUGGCCCGCCGCAAGCAAGGAGGCGAAGUCUUUGAGCAAGGAUGGGAGUGGGGGCAAGGCGACUGGGCCCCUGGCGGCGGGAGUAAGGUCGGGGUCAGCUCGAGUAGCUCCCAGUGACGUGCUGCUGUCAGCGCGGGGCAGACUCAUGCAGCAGCAGCACAGCCAGGCGGCGGCCAAGGCAGCAAGACCCGCGUCACCUGUGAGGUCCACUGGAGUGGCUGCUGCUGCUGCAAGGGCAGACGCAAAGGCAGCAGGGGCAGGCAGAGCAGGUGCAGCUGGUGCAGGGCCGUCUCAGAGCAAGGAGGGCACUCCUCGCCCUGCCAGCCCUUCUGCUGUGCGACCAGCCAGCCCCUCACGUGCAGGCAGUGCAGCUGUACGCACAACAGCUACAGGAGCAGCAGCAGCAGCAGCAGGCAGCAGUGGCACGAGAAGUGGGCAUGAGAACCGCGAGUCAGCACGAGCACCGGCUUCAGCAGCAGCAGCAGCGCGGCCAGCGUCCCCUGUGCGCAAGUCUAUGUCGCGCCUGCUGUCCCUGUCCCGACAGCACUCCCUGGACCGCAAACCACCACCUCCCACGCCCGCCCCCUCUGCUGCCCGCACCGCUGCUGUCAGCAUGGGCAGUCUCAGGGGCACAGGCAGGAGCACGGCAGGGGGUGGGGCAGGUGGCAUAGGCUCGGGAGUAAGCGAGACUAAGAGUGCUGUGGCUACAGGCAGCACCGCCACACCAAAGAGCACCAUCACAACCACACCCACCACCCAACCCAUUUCAAAUUCUACCACCCCCAGCACCCCCAGCACCCCACGCACCCCCACCACGCCUACCACCCCCACCACGCCCACCACCCCAGCGAGUGGUCGCAGCGCUGCAUCCCGCCCGCCCUCCCCUCUGCGCGCCACAGGCAGGGCUCUGCUGGCAAUGGCUCUCAAGGGCGGCAGCAGUGCUGCAGCGGCCAAGGCACCUGCCUCGCCCACUCACCGCAGACCCUCAAGCCCCGGCCCCAGCGCAGGCCGUGCCGCCACCGGUGGGGGGAGUGCGAAGGAGGUGGGGAAUAGCAGCAGCGGUGGCAGCAGCAGCAGCGGUGGCAGCAGCGGCAGCGGCGCAGUGAAGAGCAUGCGGUCGCUGGCGUCCAGCCUGAGGUCGCUGCUGCCGCACAGGGCGGGCAGCAGCACCCCGGGCAAGCACGCACACCCCACCUCGCCCAAGAGUAGCACGAGCAAACCAGUGGAGGCAGGGUCGGCCACUCGGCCAGCAGCAGGUGCAGCGAGGACUGGCAGCACUGGCGGUGUGAGUAGCGAGAGCGGCAGAGGGAAGGGGGCAAGCGUUGCAGUGGGUCACAUGGGCCGCAGGGAGAUAGCUGCAGCCAUGGCCGCCAAACGAGGCACGCCUGGCAAGCCAGCCAGCGCUGCCAGCCGGCAGCAGCAGCAGCAGCAGCAGCAGCAUGCACAAGAAGCAGGCAGCAGUGGGGUGGCGGCCACUGGCACGCCACAUGCAUUGGAUGGGGCGGCAGCAGCGGACACAAUGUGUGCAGACACAGUGAUGCAGGCUGCGUCUGGUGUGGGUGUCUUCCAGUCGCUGGGCUCACCUGUGGCCACGGCAGGGGCUGGCAGUGUGGCAGCAGCGGUAGCUGGAGAAUGGGGGCGCAGCAUGGUGCAGUGCCGCCUGCUGUCGCGCAGAGCAAGGGAGGCAGCAGCAUUGGCAGGGGAGGCGCAGGUGGUGGAGGCAGGAGGCAGUGCGGGGGAGGAGGGAGGGGGGAAAGUUUUAGGCAAGCGCAAGGCGGGGGCGUGCCAGGUGCGGGAGCAGGAUGCGCGGGCGCUGCUGCAGGCUGCAGUGGUCACUGUGGGCCACAGGAGGGCGCGCAGCGAGAGUGGCAGUGAGGAGGGUGGGGCACAGAGAGGCGGUGUGUCAGCCCAGCCGCAGCAGGUGCAGCAGGCAGCAGCGAAGGCGGUGCGGCGGCGCAAGGCGGGGCGGCGGGCAGCGGUGGCAGUGAUGGACGUGGAGGAGGUGGGCGAGGCGAUGCGGGCGGUGGUGCAUGAGGCGGGCGUGGUGGAGAUGCUGCAGGCGGUGAGGGAGGCGGCGGGCAUGGACGACAUGGACAUGGAGGAGCUGGAGGCGGCACAGAGGUGCAUCACGGGCAUGUCACGCCACAUCGCCGCCACCAUUGAACGCAGGGCCAAGGCCAUGGACCAUGAUGGCAUGGCGGCAUGAUACAGUGCUGCAGCACCCUGGAACUGGCAUGAUACUCUGGAAGAAAUUUAAUUGGCAGUAUAAGCAAUAGUACAACGCUGCCUACAUCAUCAGAAUUCGUUUGGUUUUGCAGGACUAGCUUUUGCCAUUUUUUCAUACGUACGGGUUAUCGCCAGCCUGUAACCACUUUAUAGAGGCCCUUGAGUUGAAACUGUUUCUAGGAAUGUUUGCCAGUGUCCCAAACUUUG